CGCCGGCGGACCUUGCCAUCAAUCAAUUCACACCCACGCCCUCUCCUCUGUAAAAACCUUACUCUUCCCGUGCAUGGUCAAACAUCAACGGCGCGGUACACCUCUCCAUACCUCCCGCCCUCGUCUCCCUCCCCUUACCCGCAAUGUCGACCCUCCUUCGGCGAUCAGGUCAUCUUGCGCGACUCUCUAGACCCUACCUCACUACUACAACACGACCGACACGCUUAUUACGACGGCCAGUGCCGCCACAACAGUUUGCAUUUACGCAACAGCGACUCAGAGGUUUUGCGACAAAGCCGCCCGAGGAGCCUAAGGACCAGAAGGAUGGCAAGGUACCAAAGGACGAGGCGAAGCAACCACAAGUUGAGAAGCCUGUCGCAAAGAAGGAAGGAGAACUGAAGCAGGAUGGACAACCAGAGGUGCAACAGCCGAGCAUGUCCAAGCUCACGGCCGAGGAGGAGAAGCUACUGGACCAGCUCGCGGAUUUCGUAUCAAUGGGAAUGCCCAAGGACCAGGUCAAGCAUCUGAAAUCGGCUGUCGAGGACCUGAAGAAAACCGGACUGCCGGAGGAGAUCCGAGAGGAAAUGGAGAAACUGCGGCGAGGAGAGAAGCUAGAUCUUGCCACUGCUGCAAAGCUGUCCCGUUUGACGUCGCAAAUGGCCCGUAAGAUGGCAGAACAGCAAAUGUUCAGCCAAAACUCCGAAGAAGGGCCUCAGCAGAAGUCUGGAGCGCACGACCCGGGCCCACAGGGAAAGGACCAGAAGCAGCAGCAGAAGAGUAAGGGACCAAUACCCGAGUUCAAUAAGAACAUGGACUGGAGUACAACGCUGAUUACCGCUUUCCUUUCUUGGCUCAUAUAUCGAAUGUUUGUGCCGGCGGAGAAUACCAAGGAGAUAACCUGGCAAGAGUUUAGGACAACAUUCCUCGACAAGGGCUUGGUGGAGAAGAUUGUGAUACUGAAUGGCAAUAAAGCCAAGGUCCAUCUGCACCGGGAAGCCGUCGCAUCAAUGUAUCCCGAAUCUCCUGCAACGAGCCACAACUUCUACUACUAUUUCACCAUUGGGUCAGUGGAAGCGUUCGAGAGGAAAAUCGAUCAGGCACAGUACGAAUUGGGCAUCCCAAGUUCUGAGCGCAUCCCUGUCGCCUACUCCAAUGAAAUAUCCUGGUUCGCUACCUUACUCUCAUUCGGCCCCACUCUUCUGCUCCUUGGAUCUUUGUUCUACUUCACCAGGCGUGCUGGGAGCAGUGGUGGCGGAAAUUCGGGCAUAUUUGGCAUGGGCAGGAGUCGAGCUAAAAAAUUUAACCAUGAAACUGAAAUCAAAGUCAAGUUUGCAGAUGUCGCGGGAAUGGACGAAGCCAAACAGGAGAUUAUGGAGUUCGUUGCCUUCCUCAAAGAGCCCGGCCGAUUCCAGAAGCUGGGCGCCAAAAUCCCUCGAGGUGCAAUUCUUUCUGGGCCACCGGGAACCGGCAAAACACUGCUCGCCAAGGCCACAGCUGGAGAGUCUGGUGUUCCAUUCUUCAGUGUAAGCGGUUCGGAAUUCGUUGAGAUGUUUGUUGGAGUUGGUGCAUCAAGAGUACGAGAUUUGUUCGCAAAUGCGCGAAAAAGUACACCCUGCAUCAUCUUCAUCGACGAAAUCGAUGCUAUCGGACGCUCUCGAGCCAAGGGUAACUUUGGAGGUGGCAACGACGAACGAGAGGCAACUCUGAAUCAGAUUUUGACUGAGAUGGACGGUUUCAACACUACAGAACAAGUUGUUGUACUGGCUGGUACCAAUCGGCCUGACGUUCUCGACAAAGCACUCAUGCGGCCUGGCCGGUUCGACAGACACAUCAACAUUGACCGACCAACGAUGGAAGGCAGGGCGCAAAUUUUCGAGGUACACCUGAAGAAGAUCGUUACCAAUGAGGAUAUGGAUUUCUUGAAAGGCCGGCUCGCAGCACUAACACCUGGAUUCUCAGGUGCUGACAUUGCUAAUUGCGUCAACGAGGCUGCUUUAAUCGCUGCUCGCAAGCAGGCAGAAAGCGUGUCCAUGGGCCAUUUCGAACAGGCCAUAGAACGAGUGAUUGGUGGUCUAGAAAAGAAAUCCUUGGUCCUUAAGCCAGAGGAGAAGAAAACCGUUGCGUAUCACGAGGCCGGCCAUGCUAUUUGUGGCUGGUACUUCAAAUACGCUGAUCCGCUACUGAAGGUUUCUAUCAUUCCUCGUGGACAGGGUGCUCUUGGGUACGCGCAGUACCUCCCAGCAGGAGAUACAUACCUCAUGAACGUUAACCAGCUCAUGGAUCGGAUGGCCAUGACACUUGGUGGUCGCGUCAGCGAGGAACUACACUUUGAUACCGUAACUUCCGGCGCAUCGGAUGAUUUCAGAAAGGUCACACAGAUGGCCUCUGCUAUGGUGACCAAGUGGGGAAUGACCAAGAAGAUUGGCUACAUCUACUUCGAAGACGACCAGCAAAAUCAGUUCCACAAGCCUUUCUCAGAGGAGACUGCCAAGAACAUCGACUCGGAAGUCAAACGGAUUGUCGAUGAAGCAUACAAACAGUGCAAAGAUCUUCUGAUGGAGAAGAAGCAUGAGGUUGGUCUAGUUGCUGAGGAGUUGCUCAGAAAGGAGAUGCUGGGGCGUGAAGAUAUGAUAAGAUUACUUGGCCCGCGACCUUUCGAAGACCCCGCCGACUUCCACAAGUACUUCGGUGGUGAACACGGAAAGGUUCCAGGGUUAGUCGAACCAAAUGGCGAUACAGGAGUGAAAGGUCCAGUCGUGCCACCAGCGCCUGCAUUUAAAAGCUCAGACCUUGAAGCUGGGCGAUGAUGGUGCAUGGAUUAGAAGGGAAAUACGUAAGCCGAAAAGGUAUGGGUUGGGCAUAGGUUGUUGGUGCAUCUUCAUCAACUCUUCUUGGCAUAGUAGCUUGGGUUCGGCUACAUUCAUUCCACUCUUCGGAUGCGAGACGUGUAUUGUAUCAUAGAAUUGUCCCGCUAUUCGUCGGGCUUGUAUAGUAGGCGCCUACUGUGCGCCAUCAGUGCAAUCCUGGUCCCUACCAUAGCCGCUAUAACGGUUAGAUUCCUUUUUGUAAUCUUCACUUGAGCUUCGCAGUCUCUCCCACAUUGUGUUUGGAAGUAGGGUUGCCAGCUCCUAAGUUCUCCGCCUAUCCUUACAUGCCUAGUGCAUAUAGGGGUCCACUCCCAGCUCUCUACUCAGC